AUGGCAGUCAGAGGACAAGAUAUUGCUUCAGUAAUUAAGCGCCAGAUAGAAGAGUUCGGGCGUGACCUGAGCAUGGUGGAUGUCGGCACGGUCAUUGAGGUCGGCGACGGCAUCGCGCAGAUUCAUGGCUUGUCCGGCGCUGCCUACAGCGAACUGCUUGAGUUCGAGGGCGGCGUUAUGGGCAUGGCGCUCAACCUCGAAGAGGACAGCGUUGGCGCCGUGAUUCUCGGCGACCCGCUUGUGGUGAGGGAAGGCUCAGAGGUCCGAAGCACCGGCCGCGUCGUGGUCGUGCCCGUGGGUGACGAGCUUAUCGGGCGCGUCGUGGACGGGCUGGGCCAGCCCAUCGAUGGCAAGGGGCCGCUUGGCACGAGCAAGACGCGCGCUGUCGAAGUGGUCGCUCCGAACGUGGCAAUCCGUAGUUCGGUGAACACCCCGGUGCAGACAGGCAUCAAGGCUAUCGACGCCAUGAUUCCCGUUGGCCGCGGGCAGCGCGAGCUUAUCAUCGGCGACCGCUCCACCGGCAAGUCGGCAAUCGCACUUGACAGCAUCAUCAAUCAGAAGGGCGGCGACCUCAUCUGCAUCUAUGUCGCCAUAGGUCAGAGGGUCGGUAAGGUGGCGCAGACGGUAGCGCUGCUCGAAGAGCAUGGCGCUAUGGAGCACACUAUCGUUGUUGCGGCAAACGCAGCCGACCCUGCGGCGAUGCAGUAUCUCGCGCCAUACGCGGGCUGCGCGAUGGCGGAAGAAUUCAUGUGGCAGGGCAAGGAUGCCCUCAUCAUCUACGACGACUUGUCCAAGCACGCUUGGGCAUAUCGCCAGAUGUCGCUGUUGCUGCGCCGCCCGCCGGGCCGCGAAGCAUAUCCGGGCGAUGUCUUCUACCUGCACAGCCGGCUGCUUGAGCGCGCAGCCAAGCUCGAUGACGCGAACGGCGGCGGUUCCAUAACCGCUCUGCCCAUCAUCGAGACGCUCGCGGGCGACGUGUCGGCGUAUGUGCCGACCAAUGUUAUCUCGAUUACGGACGGGCAGAUUUACCUUGAGCCUGAACUGUUCAACUCCGGCAUACGCCCGGCAGUGAACGCCGGUCUCUCGGUGUCACGCGUGGGAAGCGCGGCUCAGACGCGCGCUAUCAGGGGCGUGGCAGGCAGCCUCCGCCUCGACCUCGCGCAAUACGCCGAACUGCAAACAUUCGCGCAGUUCGGCACGGCGGACCUCGACGCCGCCACGCGCCGGCAGCUCGAACGCGGGCAGCGCUCCACCGAAAUCCUGAAGCAGGGCAUGAACUCGCCGCUGCCGAUGGAUCAGCAGGCGGCAAUUCUCUACGCGCUGGCAAACGGCUUCCUCGACGAUGUGGAGAUUGAGCGGGUGCAGGCGUUUGAAGCGGCAUUCUUGAGCUACUUCGCAUCCAACCAGCGAGAACUCCUUGCACAGAUAACAGAGUCGGGGGACGUCUCCGGCGAAACCGAAGAGGCGCUCAAGGCGGCAAUCGCAGACUUCAAGACGAAUGUGCCUUACUAG